UCGUAUAUAUAUAAUAAGUAUAUGCAGUAACAAAUAGAUGUACUAAACUCAUAUUCAUAUUGGCUUAUUCUGUAUUCGGGAAUUGACUCAAACGGCGCCCUUUUAACUCAGUGGUAGAGUAACGCCAUGGUAAGGCGUAAGUCGUCGGUUCAAAUCCGAUAAAGGGCUUUUUUUUAUCAAAAAAUGAUAACAGUAGUAUUCCUAUUUGAAGGAACAUAUACAAAUAUUCUUGAUAUUUGUAAGAAGUUUCUGUUUGUAAUAAAAUAAAAAAAACGAAGGAAUAGUUGAAUUUCAUUAAAAAAUCGAAUUUAGAAUUGAAACUCUAUUAAGUUAUUGUUAUCAUUCGAAUAGAGUAAACUCAUUCUAGUUAGAAAGGGAAAUGGCAUUCUUUUCUAUAUAUAUUAUUUCUUUUUUUAGAAUGUGAUAUUUCCUUGAAUUGUCAGAUACUCCUAUUUUCGAUUAUUCCAAUCAAAUAAAGGGAGAGAUUCUAAAAAAAGUAAGUGGACCUAACCUAUUGAAUCAUAACUAUAUCCACUAUUCUGAUAUUCAAAUUGGAUAGAAAUGAAAUUCGAACAGUGGAUCUUUUUUUCUUUUUAAUACCUUUUUGGUUCUAACUCUGCAAGAAUCUGUUGAUAUUUCGGAUAAAAUCUUAUUGUUCCUAGGAAUCAAUUGCUACUCCUCUCCUCCAGUGGAAGGCUUAUUCUAAGUUCCAACAGACAAGUCAUUUGACUUCAAAAUAUCUUUUUUCCGAAUACAAGAAAAGAUCCAAAUUGAUUUCUAUUAUUUCUUGAAGAUAUGUCUAUAAAAAUAAUCGAAAAAUCCAUCAAAUCAUGACUUCGAGUAUCCAAAUUUGGUUUUCAUAUCUAUGCAUACGAGGCAUACGAGAUUUUGAAGGCAAUUAAUGGACGAAACUUGCACAUAGAGAAAAAUAUUCCAAUUUCUUACCUCGAUCCGCACGAAAGGGUAUACGUCGGAAUUUGAUUAAUCUGAAUGAAAUAAAAAUAGAACAAAGAAGACAAUAAAAGAAAUCAAUGUAAAAUAGAAAGUAAAAUAUAGGAUCCUCUAGUAGUUUUCUAGACAUACAAAUUCGAACCAUACAAAUUCGAAUAAUAUAGAAAACGAUUUUUUUUGAUUUCACGAACAAGAUUCAAGAAUAAUCUUAUUUGAUAAAAGCAGAGUAGUAUGUCUGGGGAUCUGCUAGUAACGAGAGUAAUAAAAGCGAUCGAUCAUUUGUUUAUGGAAUAGUUCUUUAAAAAAUCUAUUUAUAGGAUUUAUGAGUCAUAAGACACUUUUCGAGUCAUGACUUAGGGAAUUUUUUUAGAAUAGAAAGGAAUAAGCCAAUUAAGUUAAUGGAUUUGACCUAGAUUAGAUAUCAAUCGACAAAAAAAUAAUUUUUCUAUUCGAAACCCAGUCGAAAACAAGGGAGAGUCUACGAGAAAUCAUAUCAUAUAUAAAAUGAAAAAAGCCUCGAAGGUUCCAUCCCUGAAAAUGCUAGGAGGUGUUCGGAAAUGGUUUGAAGUAGUUGAAUAGGAGGAUUACUAUGACUAUAGCUCUUGGUAAAUUUACCAAAGAUCAAAAUGAUUUAUUUGAUAUUAUGGAUGACUGGUUACGGAGGGACCGUUUUGUUUUUGUGGGUUGGUCCGGUCUAUUGCUCUUUCCUUGCGCCUAUUUUGCCGUGGGGGGUUGGUUCACAGGUACCACCUUUGUAACUUCAUGGUAUACUCAUGGAUUGGCAAGUUCCUAUUUGGAAGGUUGUAACUUCUUAACUGCAGCAGUCUCUACUCCUGCUAAUAGUUUAGCACACUCUUUGUUGUUACUAUGGGGUCCUGAAGCACAGGGAGAUUUGACCCGUUGGUGUCAAUUAGGUGGUCUGUGGACUUUUGUUGCUCUUCACGGUGCUUUCGGAUUAAUAGGUUUUAUGUUACGUCAAUUUGAACUUGCUCGAUCUGUUCAAUUGCGGCCUUAUAAUGCAAUCGCAUUCUCCGGUCCAAUUGCUGUUUUUGUUUCUGUAUUCCUUAUUUAUCCACUGGGCCAGUCUGGUUGGUUCUUUGCGCCUAGUUUUGGUGUAGCAGCUAUAUUUCGAUUCAUUCUCUUUUUCCAAGGGUUUCAUAAUUGGACAUUAAACCCAUUUCAUAUGAUGGGAGUUGCUGGUGUAUUGGGCGCUGCCCUACUAUGCGCUAUUCAUGGCGCUACCGUAGAAAAUACCUUAUUUGAAGAUGGUGAUGGCGCAAAUACAUUCCGGGCUUUUAACCCAACCCAAGCAGAAGAAACUUAUUCAAUGGUUACUGCUAACCGCUUUUGGUCCCAAAUCUUUGGGGUUGCUUUUUCCAAUAAACGUUGGUUACAUUUCUUUAUGUUAUUUGUACCAGUAACUGGUUUAUGGAUGAGUGCUCUUGGAGUAGUCGGUCUGGCCCUGAACCUACGUGCCUAUGACUUUGUUUCUCAAGAAAUCCGCGCAGCGGAAGAUCCUGAAUUUGAGACUUUCUACACCAAAAAUAUUCUCUUAAACGAAGGUAUUCGUGCGUGGAUGGCGACUCAAGAUCAGCCUCAUGAAAACCUUAUAUUCCCUGAGGAGGUUCUACCACGUGGAAACCUCUUUAAUGGAACUUUAGCUUUAACUGGUCGUGACCAAGAAACUACUGGUUUUGCUUGGUGGGCCGGGAAUGCCCGACUUAUCAAUUUAUCCGGUAAACUACUGGGGGCCCAUGUAGCCCAUGCCGGAUUAAUAGUAUUCUGGGCCGGAGCAAUGAACCUAUUUGAAGUUGCUCAUUUCGUACCCGAGAAGCCCAUGUAUGAACAAGGCUUAAUUUUACUUCCCCAUCUAGCAACUCUAGGUUGGGGGGUAGGUCCUGGAGGGGAAGUUAUCGACACCUUUCCAUACUUUGUGUCUGGAGUACUUCACUUAAUUUCCUCUGCAGUAUUGGGCUUUGGCGGUAUUUAUCAUGCACUUCUGGGACCUGAGACUCUUGAAGAAUCUUUUCCAUUCUUUGGUUAUGUAUGGAAAGAUAGAAAUAAAAUGACUACUAUUUUAGGUAUUCACUUAAUUUUGUUAGGUAUAGGGUCUUUUCUUCUAGUAUUUAAGGCUUUUUAUUUUGGAGGUAUAUAUGAUACCUGGGCUCCAGGAGGGGGAGAUGUAAGAAAAAUUACCAACUUCACCCUUAGUCCAAGCAUUCUAUUUGGUUAUUUACUAAAAUCCCCUUUUGGGGGAGAAGGUUGGAUUGUUAGUGUGGACGAUUUGGAAGAUAUAAUUGGGGGACAUGUAUGGUUGGGUUCCAUUUGUAUACUUGGUGGAAUCUGGCAUAUCUUAACCAAACCCUUUGCAUGGGCUCGGCGUGCACUAGUAUGGUCUGGAGAAGCUUACUUAUCUUAUAGUUUAGGUGCUUUAGCCGUUUUUGGUUUUAUAGCUUGUUGCUUUGUCUGGUUUAAUAAUACUGCUUAUCCUAGUGAGUUUUAUGGUCCCACUGGACCGGAAGCUUCUCAAGCUCAAGCAUUUACUUUUCUAGUUAGAGACCAACGUCUUGGAGCUAAUGUAGGCUCCGCUCAAGGGCCUACCGGUUUAGGUAAAUAUCUAAUGCGUUCUCCGACCGGAGAAGUCAUUUUUGGAGGAGAAACUAUGCGUUUUUGGGAUCUGCGUGCUCCCUGGUUAGAACCUCUAAGAGGUCCUAAUGGUUUGGACUUGAGUAGACUGAAAAAAGAUAUACAGCCUUGGCAAGAACGUCGUUCCGCGGAAUAUAUGACUCAUGCUCCUUUAGGUUCUUUAAAUUCCGUGGGUGGCGUAGCUACAGAGAUUAAUGCAGUCAAUUAUGUCUCUCCUAGAAGUUGGUUAGCUACUUCUCAUUUUGUUCUAGGAUUCUUCCUAUUCGUAGGUCAUUUAUGGCACGCGGGAAGAGCUCGCGCAGCUGCCGCAGGAUUUGAAAAAGGAAUUGAUAGAGAUUUUGAGCCUGUUCUUUCCAUGACUCCUCUUAAUUGAGACAUGAAAUCCAAUGCUUGACGUAAGAAUCACUUUGAUUUUAGUAUACAUAUUGGGUUGAGUCGAGGAGAUCAUAUUGAAAAAAGGUUUUGUUUUUCAAUUCAUUUAUAUCUAAUCUUUUUUCGGGCUCGGCUAAGUGGUGAUAUAGCCGAGCCCGAAAAAACGGAGCCAACCAAAAUCAAUAAAAAAAAUCCAUUCGCCAAGAAAAAGGAGAGAGGGGGAUUCGAACCCUCGAUAGUUCUUUGUUUCGAACUAUACCGGUUUUCAAGACCGGAGCUAUCAACCACUCAGCCAUCUCUCCAAAAGAUAAUUUCUAUUUUAUCUUUAUUCCACUCAAGAGAACAUGACCAUACAAAUUAAUACCCUUUUCUCUAUGAUAAAGAUAUCUCUCUAUGAUAAAGAUAUCCAGUGUGAAUCUAUUGGUCUAGUUCUCUAUCCGUAUAUAUUAUAUAUGCAUGAUCCAGCUCUUUUGUGAAAUAAAAAAAACUACCCCUCGAUCCAUGCCUCAAUAAGGAGUGUCAUCUAAAAUCAAUGGAUUCAUGAUAAAACCCUCCAUAAGGAGAAUGUCUUUUUUAUUUCUUUUUGGAAGGGGUCAAUAAGGGGUUGGGGGAUCAAAUGGUAUAGUUCUUUUGUUGGUAAAUUAGAGGAUUCUAAACAUGACUAUUGCGUUUCAAUUAGCUGUUUUUGCAUUAAUUGUUACUUCAUCCAUUUUAUUAAUUAGUGUACCUGUUGUAUUUGCUUCUCCUGAUGGUUGGUCAAGUAACAAAAAUGUUGUCUUUUCUGGUACAUCAUUAUGGAUUGGAUUAGUAUUUCUAGUGGGUAUUCUGAAUUCUCUCAUCUCUUGAAACUAUUCAUUCUGGAUCAAAAAACGAAAUGACCCCUCCCCCCGAAUUCUUUCGGGUUGUGUGUGAGGCACAUGAAAAUGGAAUAUAUAAGACCCCACAAAUAAAGAAAACUAAAACAUUAUUAAUGGGAGGGGUCAAACUCCUUCUAUUGGAAAAAGCUUAUAUCUUAUACUUAAUAUGAUAUAUAGAUAUAUAGUAAAACUAAAAACUUGAAUAUUAAAAUAUUCAUAUUUUUUUCUGAAUUUCAUAUUAUUUUCUGAAUAUAGAAUAAUAAUCUAUAUCUUCUAUAUAUAUAAUAUAUAUCUAUAUAUUAAUAAGAAUUCUUAAUAGAAACGAAUAUUAAUAGAAAAUCAUCUAUUUCGAAUAGAAAGAUAUAGAUUUCAAAAUGGACUCUCCAUUCAUUUCAUUAGAUAGAUAAGAUCACCAAAACUUCGUGAUCUGCUGGCGAACUUAUUCCAAUUCAAUAAUAGAUCUCAAUAUUAUGCCUUGAAGAGGAAUCGAACCUCCACGCUGUUUAGCACGAGAUUUUGAGUCUCGCGUGUCUACCAUUUCACCACCAAGGCAUCAAUCAUAUUCUAUGAAUAUGAUAUCUAUCUUAUGGAAUAUAUUACAAAUAUAUAGUAUAAGAUAUUAUUAGAUAUCUUAUUAUAUGAUAAUAUAGAUGGGAUAGAAUUUGCCGUUGUUCCCCAGUAGCUCAGUGGUAGAGCGGUCGGCUGUUAACCGAUUGGUCGUAGGUUCAAAUCCUAUUUGGGGAGAUUUUAUUCAUUUCCAAUUAAAGAAUUUGGAAUCAAAAGGAAGUGUAAAGUUUGUUUCUAUUACAUUCUAUCUCAUCGUAUACUAUUCUACUAUAUUGGGGACUCCCGGUCAAUACCUAUGUGUAGAUUAUUGAUAUUCCUUUGUUCUACAGUCUGGGGCUAUUCUAUUAUUUAUACUAUAUAUAAAUAUAGUAUUUAUAAGAAAUAAAAAAUGUAAGACUAUUUUGUUUCAACCUCAAUCAUAGUUUAUUUUCUUAUCCCCAAGGUCCUUCCCCUUUUAGCCGGUUGUGGGCGAGGAGGGAUUCGAACCCCCGACACCGUGGUUCGUAGCCACGUGCUCUAAUCCUCUGAGCUACAGGCCCCACCCUGUCUCCACUAGAUCUGUUCCCCGGAGUACCCUAUAAGAAACAUUUACUCUUCCCAGCUAUAUUUUGAUUAAGAAGAUGUGAAAGCGACUCUCUCCUUAUAAGAAUACAAAUAGAAUAAGGAUUGUGCGUUCCGAGGUGUGAAGUGGGAUAGAUUUGAUAAUUGGGGUUUAGAAUAAGACGACCUUUUCAUUCUGAUUUUCUUUUGCUAUUGAAAAAGAGAAUAAGAAUGAAAAGUGUUAAGCUUUUUAUCAUCCUGGCGCCGAGCUAUUUUUCCGCAGGGCCUCCCCUACAGUAUCGUCACCGCAGUAGAGUUUAACCACCAAGUUCGGGAUGGAUUGGUGUGGUUCCUCUACGCCAAGGACACCAGAAUAUCGAACCAUAAACGAAAGAAAGACAUGAGAUAAAAAUAUAUUUACUUUUCAUUGUGAGUGUGAGGUCCUAAUUCUUGACUGGAGAGGACACCAAAGGCCUCCGCCCUUCCAUCCCUAUCUAUUAAAGGGGUGGGGACAGAGGUUUUGGUUUUUUCAUGUUGUCAAAGAGGUGAACAAUAAAAAUAGAUGGCGAGUGCCUGAUCGAAUUGACCAGGUCAUGUAGGAACAAGGUUCAAGUCUAUCGGUCUGUUAGGAUGCCUCAGCUGCAUACAUUACUGUACUUCCACUUGACACCUAUCGUUAAUGAAAAACGGCUCGUCUCGCCGUGACCUUCAAUUCUCAAAACUUCUUUUGCUCCGUCCCCGUAGGGGCAGAGAAUCUGCCCUCCGGGGAGGCUCUGGGGAAGUUGGAAUAGGAGAGCACUCAUCUUAGGGUGGGCUUACUACUUAGAUGCUUUCAGCAGUUAUCCGCUCCGCACUUGGCUACCCAGCGUUUACCGUUGGCACGAUAACUGGCACACCAGAGGUGCGUCCUUCCCGGUCCUCUCGUACUAGGGAAAGGUCCUCUCAAUGCUCUAACGCCCACACCGGAUAUGGACCGAACUGUCUCACGACGUUCUGAACCCAGCUCACGUACCGCUUUAAUGGGCGAACAGCCCAACCCUUGGAACCUACUACAGCUCCAGGUGGCGAAGAGCCGACAUCGAGGUGCCAAACCUUCCCGUCGAUGUGAGCUCUU